CAGCUGAGUUCUGGUUUUGGAAAAUGGCAAGAGCCACAACCUUAUCACCACCAUGCGUCAUCGCUCGUCCACCUUGCAAGCUUCGUCACUCUUCACUCCCGCCUCCACUAAAUCUCCCCUUCCACAAUUACCAUAAAAUCCUCAGACUCUCCAUUAUUUGCCAUGGCCAGUUGGAUGGUUCAGCUGUUGGAGAGGCUCAUGACAUCGAUGAUGAAGCUAUUUUCGACGAUUUAAUGGUGGAUGAUGACAUUACUAUUGAUGAUGAAGAUGACACCGAGAGCAGUGUUGAUUUGUUGAUCAGAUUCUUACAAACCAUGUUCAAGAAACUCUCAAAGCGGGCCAAGAAAGCCUCUCUUUCCAUCUUGCCCACCGGUAUAUCUUCCCAGCUGGUGUCUUUUGCUGUUGAUGGGAUUUUACUCUUAGCUAUACUUUCCAUCCUCAAAGCGCUUCUUGAGGUAGUCUGCACACUUGGAGCCACUGUUUUUGUGGGGAUCCUUCUCUUACGUGUUGUCUGGGCAGCCAGUUCCUAUCUUCAGUCAAAUGGAAGCGGUUUUAACCAGGGUGGAAACUCCUUUCGUGCCACAUAGCCAACUAUUAACACAGUUCUUAUAUUAAUUAGAGCGCUAGCUCUUCUAGAUUUCUUCAGAGUACCACGUGAUUGUUCCGAAAAGAACUGAAUAUGGGAUUGUUGAUUCAAAUUCGUGAGAAGCAAUUAUAAUGUUUGAUCAAACUGCAUUAUAGCUCAAUAUUGAAUUGAUGUUAUGACAGAAUGUGCGUGACUAUUCUAUCCCUGGGAAUGUAGAUAACUGAAACAGACGAAUACUGAGGAAUUGCUACAAAAAUGGGUCAGCACCUUGUUAACGUUUAUGCAAAAA